CGAGAGAGCCUGCCAGAGCGGGCCGCCUCGACGCAGUCCGCGCUUACGGCCCCCCGACACCCCCUUCCCUUCGGACAGCUCUUCGGACAGCUCUUCGGACAGUUCGAGUAACGGGAGAGUUCCAACAGGUCGCCUGUUUGACGGACUGGCGCGCCGCAUGCAGGCUGCCCGGCCACAAGCGCAGACGCUCGCGCCGCGAGGGUUCUGCACCGAGGCGAUUCGGCCACUCAUCCCGCAGCUCCAGCGCGACCUGCAUCGGUUUCGCUCCAUCACGCCUCAGCUCCUCGACGAGGCACGAGGCUUGCUGCCAGACGGCCCCGUCCGCGCUGCGCUUGCCAUUGUCAACCGCACCGUCUGGUGGCUUCGCCCGACGGGCCGGCCGCGCUCGCCGAUGCUCAUAUCGCUUGUGCACGACCUCCAGGAGCUGGCAGACGCGCACGAGCUUCCCGACCUCGAGCUCGUGGUCAACGUGGACGAUUACCCGUUUGUGCCGCGCCCUGCGCCGUCGCCGGUGCGCUCGCCGCCUCCGCUCUUCUCCUUUUACCAGACGGCUCGGCACGCGGACCUGCUCUGCCCGAGCAGCUCCUUCCGCGAGGCAUCGUUCGAGCGCGUGGCCGCCGUGUACGAGCGCCGCGCUCGGUCGACGCCGUGGGAGGCGCGCCGGCAGGUCGGCUUCUGGCAGGGCCACCCGUACUGCGGUAAGCACAAGUUUGGCCGCUGCUCCCGCUACCUGCUCUCCCACCUCUCGGCCCAGAGCGCGUCUCCGCUGCUCGACGUGGGGCUGACGUGGUACGAGCCUCGCCUCGACCUGUACCUCCGGCAGGAAGCGUCCGCCUCGGCAGCUCGUGGCGUGCCGUGCUCUGCCUCCGACCCUGCCCGCCGCCCGUGGCUGCAGGAGGAGUGCCGCUGCGCAGCCGGCUGGGCUCACCCCGGGGACCUGCCCCGCCGAGCCGCUCCGCUCGCGGUGCGACCCUGGGUGCAGAUCGAGGACCACACGCGGUACCGCUACUUGCUCCAGCUCGACGGCCACACCGCCUCGUGGCGCUUCCAGUUCCUGCUCGCCAGCCACAGCCUCGUCCUCAAGCAGUGGUCCUACUACAGAGAGUACUACUACGCGGGGCUCGAGCCCGGAGUCCACUACCUCCCCUUCUGGACGCGCUCGGCCGCCGACGUCCUCGAGGUCCUCGAGAAUGCGACGCGCGAGGAUGCCUCCGUGCGCGAGCUCCCCGUCGCCGCCAGUCGCUUCACCCGAGACCACCUCAACCCGUACGCGAGGCAGUGCUACUGGCGGGCGCUCCUCGGCGCGUAUGCCGAGCGCCUGGCCGAGCCGGGGGUGCGGCUCUCCCGCUGGCCUGCCGCCGCGCAGGUGCGGAAGGACGGCUCGUCCGAGGGGUGGUACCCUCGCGCGGACCGGCGGGGCGGCACCCUGCUCGACUGGGCGCGCGCCGAGGCGGCGUGGCGCAGCGCUGACGACGCGGUGAUGCGCCGGGUCGUGCGCAGCCUUCGACGUCCAGCCGUGGCCUCAGAGCGGGUCGAACCAGCGACCGUUGGCCUGGCGAGGCGUGAUGGCAAAGGGAUAUUUGCUGGUGGCGUGUAA